AUGGCUUUGAAAUGUGUGAACAAGUUAAAACAAGGUGAAAAAUAUUUCGAGAUUGGAUUGUGCAAAGCGCAAAAUGUGUUCAAAUAUUUGUGUAUGUCUAUGCAAGAAUUAGACGUGAUUUAUAGUUCAGUUGUGUCUGAAUCUUUGAUUCAAUUUCAAAUAGAUAGAAGUGGCACUGUAUUUAAGUCCAAGCAACUUCGUUUCAUUGAGCCAAAUGUUCUCAAGAAAUUGUGCUAG